UGAGGAUCCGUGCUUAUUCCUUCUAUCAUAGAUUUAAGUUUUAUAAAGACUUAAAAUAUAGGCAACAGGGUGCGAUGAGUUCACAUACGCACUGCGUCCCGUGAUACUACUAGCCAUGAAUUUUCAUUGACUUCUCUGUAAUACUGUCGAAUUUGCGCGGGUGGCGACCUUAACCUUUUUCGAUUAUACUCUGUAUCAUGGCUUUACGUCGUGGAAAACGCAAUCUGAAAUUGCAAGUCUCCGACGAAGCGCCUGCACCAGUAACUCCACCAAGAAAUUUAGACAAACGGACUACCAUUACCAUAGAUGAAAAAACAUUUGUUGUAGAAGCUGAUGAUUUAGAAACACUUUGUAUACUUGGUCGUGGAGCAUAUGGAAUUGUUGAUAAAAUGCGACACAAACAGAGUGGCACAAUUAUGGCUGUUAAGAGGAUAGCUGCUACAGUUAAUACACAAGAGCAAAAGCGGCUGCUCAUGGAUUUAGAUAUUUCUAUGCGUAGCUCAGCAUGUCUCUACACAGUACAAUUCUAUGGAGCCUUAUUUCGAGAAGGAGAUGUAUGGAUAUGUAUGGAAGUGAUGGAUAUGAGCCUUGAUAAAUUUUAUACAAAAGUAUAUAAACAUGGUCGUGCCAUUCCUGAAGAUAUUUUAGGAAAAGUGGCUUUUGCGAUAGUGAGCGCACUACAUUACCUCUAUUCACAAUUACGAGUGAUUCAUAGAGAUGUAAAACCUAGUAAUAUCUUAAUUAAUCGGAAAGGCGAGGUAAAAAUUUGUGACUUUGGUAUAUCGGGUUAUCUUGUAGAUUCAGUUGCUAAGACUAUCGAUGCCGGAUGCAAACCAUAUAUGGCUCCAGAAAGGAUAGAUCCGUCAGGUAACCCAUCACAAUAUGAUAUCAGAUCCGAUGUUUGGUCAUUAGGAAUUUCCCUCGUUGAAUUAGCAACUGGUAAAUUCCCAUACGAGUCGUGGGGUACGCCGUUCGAGCAACUGAAACAGGUAGUCAAGGAUGAAGCCCCAAAAUUACCUGUAGGCAAGUUCUCUUCUUCAUUCGAAGAAUUUAUUAAUAAGUGUCUAAUGAAGAACUACACUGCCCGCCCAAAUUAUAGUCAAUUACUAGAACUUGACUUUAUCAGAGAAUAUGCCCAAAAAGAUACAAAUGUGGCCGAAUUCGUUGAAGAGAUUUUAGACUUACCGGAAAACGAGCAACCGGUAUAGUGCAUACGUCAUUUUGACGUGACUUGCAAUAUAAUUUGACUUGUAUUUUUGCAAGACAGUCAUUGGCAUGUGGAUUGGCAUUGUCAUAUGUAAUUUAUAUUCGUGAACCGCAUUUGAUCAUUGUGUCGCAAGAUAUAAUUGGCACUCGAAUAAUUUAGCUUUUACCAUCUUUAAUUUUUAGUAAUUGCAUCUGGACACAUUUAGCAUUUAUAGAUUUGGCCUGAAAAUAAUUGUGCCUACUUCAAUCCUAAUCUUGUGAAAGCAAACAUUGGAAAUA